GAAAAAGGUCAUUUUGUGCAAAACUACAAAGUCAUUUGCAAAGAUCGAAAUCAGCAAGAUGUCUUUCGCUGCUUUGUUUAUGCUGUUGAUAAUUGCGCAGACUUCUCAAGGGUUACCGUGGUUCAACGCACACAGAAGGUGUCCCAAAGGAUGGAGCGGGUUCAGUGGUCACUGUUACUUUUUUUCUAAAGAGAAAGCAACUGUCAAAGACGCAAUUACCAAGUGCGCUUAUGCCAUAGAAGGUGGUCGUCUCGCUCAAGUUGGGGUCCCCUGGAAGAAAACUGGCUGGAACUUCAGAUUAAAAUAA